UUUUUUUUUUUUUUUUUUUUUUUAGAUAGGAUCUUAUAUAGUCAAGGCUGGCCUCAAACCAUGUAGCCAGGUCACCUUGCCUCCACUCCCCCACCACCCAAAUCCCAGUCCUAGGAUUAACAAUUAACUCCUGGUUCUUGCGCCUCCAUUUCUUGCUAUAAGAAGCUUAUAUCAUCAUUCCCUGCUUUUAUCCAAUGGUGAAGGUGGAAUCCAGGGCUUUGUGCAUGCUAGGUGGAUACUGUGUGAACUGUCAAUAUCGUCUACCCCAGGAGCUCUAUUUGUAAAACCUGAUGUGCUUCAUUAAAAGACACCUAGUGGUGUCCAGCACUGCAGAGCCUGUAUGCUUUGCCCUACAAGUUAUCCAGGGCUCUGCAUUUAAACCUUCUAUGGGGGGGGGUGUUGGAGAGGUGACACAGUGGUUAAGAGCACUGUCUGUUCUUCAAGAGGUCAUGAGUUCAAUUCCCAGCAACCACAUGGUGGCUCACAACCAUCUGUAAUGGGAUCCGAUGCCCUCUUCUGAUGUGCUUGAAGACAGCUGCAGUGUACUCAUAUACAUUAAAUAAAUAAAUCUUUGUAAAAAAAAACCUUCUAUCGGCAAGACUUAUAGUCUCACACUCUUUCUGGUGAAAGCCAGAUUACCACUCCAGGUUUCUCUUUCUAGACUCAUCUCCUUGCUGCUCUGGCAGAAGGCAGACUAGUUUGGAUUUCAGCUACUCCAUAGCAAACAUACCAGUUUUGAGAGAGGGAAGAAGUUAUAUAUGGACACAUUUAGUAUAUGUGUAUGUAUGAAUGUGCUUAUGUAUAUGUGUGCAUAUACUUCCAUGUGUGUACAUAUGGUUGAACAUGUGCAUGUAUGUCUAAGUAAAUAUGUGUAGAUGUGUAUGUUCAACUAUAUGGGGGUGUGCUCAUAAACUUUAUAUAUGUGUUUGUAUGGAUUGCAAAUGUGUAUAUAUGCAUCCAUAUUGUAGCAGGUAUAUAUAUGUAUAUAUGUUCAUGUGUAUAUACUUAUGCAUGUGAAUUUGUGUGCUUGUGUAUAUUUAUGAGUGUGUGUGGGUAUGUGAAGAUGCAUGAGUGCACUUGUAUGUGCAUUUGUGUCUGUGUGUGCACAUAUAUGUAUAUUUGUGCAUUUGUGGAUGUAUGUAUAUGUAUGCACAUGUAUGUGUUUUAGGAUAUAUGUAUGUGUAUGCUUGCAGUGUCUGAUAGGUGUCACCAAAGUGGCACCACAAAAAAGGACUGUAUAGUGCUCUGCAGACCCCACCACCAGUAUGUAAAGAUUUUGUACCUGAAGACAGGGAAUAAGCAAAUGAUGUAGAAACCUGUCAUGGCUAAAUUUCAGUGGUUAAUACAAAGAGAAAAAUUACUUUACAAUCACCCACCCACACACACACACACACACACAUACACAUAAAGGGAGAGUUUUGUGGACACAGUUAUUAUACAGAAGUUGUUUUUGUGGUCAUUCAGAAUUUUAAAAUAUUUGCUCUAAUUGUGCAAACUUCUCCUGAGAUCUGAGAUCCUAGACAUCAGUCCAUAGAAUGUGACUACUAGAGAUGCACAAAUGCUUGUAGAGAAAGGCAUGCCGGAGCUGGAUCCUCACUCUGGCAAGCUAGAUGGAACCCUGCCAGGUAUGUCGAAGCCCAAUAAUAGCCAGAAUCAUUCUGUUUGGUUGCUGGCUCCUGAAGGGACAGGUCAGAAGUAUAUUAUUGUUGUUGCUAUUCAUUUCCUGCAUAGGUGAUGGGCAUUCUGUCAUAGCUUUCUCCACUUGGUGCUUUAGUGGUCAUGACCAAUGACCUAGGAUGCUGUGAUACAUAGGCCACUGAAGCAGUCUUUGCUCUCUGUUGCCAUUUCUUUUAAAUGUUGUGUUGGCAUGCCUGCCCCUGACAUCUUUCUCCAGCUUUGUUUACCUCAGAGCUCCUGAAGAGCAUCCCAGCACAGUCACUACUUAACCCAGUCCAUUGGGGCCCAUCCUUAGUAAGAAGCCAAAGCAAAUUCAGUUAGGUUCACUCUUUGCAUUGUAAAAAGAGCAAACCCUCCCUUUGCAGUUAAAAUUAUGAAAGAUGAGCCUCUUAGUGGGAGGGGUACAGGAAACUUUGGAUUCCUGUCAAAUGUUUCAUGUAAUAUCCCAAGAUCACAGUUAAUGCUGCCUUUCAGCAGCUAUGGCUGAGUUUCUGUUGAUGCAAUCUUCUUUCUAGAAGUUCUUGAAUAAAAGGCGUUCUGUAUCCACACAUGACUCGGAGCAUUCAGCAGACAAGGCAACAAGAUCAAACGGUUUCAAGCCUAGUUAUCGUGCCUCCUGGUCAGGAAGCACAGACACCCCAGCUUCGUUUCCAUAUGCCUGUAUCCAUUUACUAACUCCUCAGAGAGAACCAAAGUUAUUGGAGGCAGGUAAUCAAAUAAAUGUGAAUAUCUCGUGUUGGUUUAAAAAUCACAAGAGAAAAAGAACUAAAGGGGAUAGGGAGAUGGCUGACUGAUAAAUUGCUGGGUGUAGUUCAAUCCCUAGUACCCACGUAGAAUUCUGGGUGUGGUGGUAUAUACCUGUAUGCCAAGAGCUUAGAAGGCAGACACAGGAGGAUCCUGGGGCCCCUCGGCCAGCCAGUUUGCAGUCUGAGUGCCAGGAUCAGUGAGAGACCAUGUCUUAAAAACUGACAUAGAGACGUAUCAAAGAAGACACUAAACAUUGAUUGCUGACUUCCACAUGCACAGAUGUGACCUCACACAUGUACACACACACACACACAAACAAACACACACUCCCUUCCUUCUCUCUCAUAUACACAUUCCCUCUAUUACAUACACAUGUACACACACAUACUUCCUAUCUCUACACACACACACACACACACACACACACACACACACACACACACCCUUUCUAUUACAUAUACACAUAUUCCCAUUCUGUCAUAUGCACUCACAUACCACACACAUAAUCCCUCCCUCUCUCUGUCAUAUGCACACACAUAGACACAGACACACACUUUCUCCCCAUCUGUCACAUGAAUACAUACAUACUCCCUCCCUUUCUGUAUCUCUCUCUCUCUCUCUCUCUCUCACACACACACACACACACAUACACACACACACACGCACAACCAAACGAAUAUAGACUAAAAUACAACCUAAUCAUCUUUGGUAGCAUCAUGAAAAAUAUCAUCUAGAAAAUUAUAAUUGUAAAUAAUUACAGCUAUCAUCAUGCCUACCAGUGGAAAGAUUUAUCACUUUUAUUGUAGGUUUAAGGGAUUUUAAAUGGAGGCUGGAGGGAUGGUUGAGUCAUUAAAAAUGUUUGCUGCUUUUGAUGAGGACCCCAGGUCAGUUUCUAGAAUCUGCAGUGGGCAGCUCAAAUUCACAGGGAACUCUAGCUCCAGGGCAUCCAAUACUAUCUUCUCGUCUCCAAGGGCAUUUACACUCACACUCUCUCUCUCUUUGUCUCUCUCUCACACACACACACACUCUCUCUCUCACACACACACACACUCACACACUUACCAACUCACACACUCACAGACAUAUACACACACUCUCACACACCAACUCACACAUACACACUCUCACACACCAACUCUCUCUGUCACACACACACUCACACACACACAAAUAAAUCUUUAAAAAUAAACACAAAAUUUAGAAGUGUUUUAAUUGUUUCAUUUUCUCCAACUUAGGUAUUGAUCUUUAGAAGUAGCUGUAAUUCAAGUCUAUGACUUACAGAUAGCCAUGUUUCUUAACCUUCAUUGAUAGCACUGUCUCUUUUAGGCUUUAUGCAAAGCUGUGUAUAGGUCUGUUUUGGGGACUGACUAUGUGGAAAUAGAUAUGAUUACUCUGUCUCUCUGAAUUUUCUUUGCAGUGAAUGGUGUGAUAUGUUCCAAGUAGAAUCAUAAUGCUCUUAUGCGAAGUCUCUAUGUCAUUUCAAUGAGUUCUACUCAAAGCAGUGUUCAAACAGAAGGCCUGGUGCCCACUGGUAUUUCAGCCAAAAGAGUAAAUAUUUGGAAUAGACACACUGUGGUAAUAUUUCUUCUCUUGGCAAGAACAUUGAUUUCUUUCAUGCCCCGUUGUCAGAGGCUGGCACUUGAUACCACCUGUGGCUCGCACUGGAAUUUGAGUCCAGGUUGGUAUUUUCUUUUCUACUAAUAUGUGUGAGCAUGCAAGCAGGUGUGGAUGUCUGUGUCUGAAGUGCUGAGUGAAGAAAUCACACUGGCUCCAUUAGCCACUCAAGUUACACGGAUCCCAGAGGAGAGCCGAGCAGGACCUUUAUGGCCAAAGCAUUCUACAAUAGUGAUUUGUUUGAAAGUGGUGGUGGUUUUUCUCUCUAAUGAUCUGGUUUUAUUUAUGGGUAUGUGCGUUUGCCUGCUUGUCUGUUUGUGCACUACAUGUGUGUAGAUGCCUGCACAGGCCAGAGGAGGUUGUUUUAUCCCUUGGAGCUGGAAUUCUAGGUGGUUGUGAGCUACUCCGAAAGAUGAUGGGGAAUGAACUCUUGUCUUCUCUAAGAGCAGUGCACACUUAAACACUGAGUCAUUUCUCUAGCUCCUCAAAGCAUCUAAACUGUAGUCAAAUCUUCUCAAAUGAAAUAUCACCUCAAACCCAAAAAGGAAAACAGUCAAAGCAACCGGGGUCAGGAAAUAGUCCAAGCAUUGUCUAAAACAGACAUUGUGAGUUUAACUCUACACUCAAGUUUAUUUAAUUCACAAAAUAAAUGCAUGAGGUAGGUGUUGGUUUUUAAAGAUAAGGUCUCAGGUAGCCCAGUCUGGUCUUGAAGUCCCUGUAUAGCCAAGGAUGGACCUUGAACUUCUGUUUAUUUCUGCUUCUACCUCCUGAACACUGGGAUUACAGGUGUACACCAUCAUGCCUGGUUUAUGUGAUGCUGGGAAUGGAACCCAGGGUUUCAAGCAUGCUAAGGGUGGGUGCCCGGCCCAGGUUGGUAUUCUUGACACACACCUUUUAAAGGAGAAGGAUGGUUUAAAUAACUUCUCCAAACCACUGUCUCCCAAGUGGAUGAUCUCUGUGUACCUCCAGGCUUACAGCUGGAGCUCAUGCCUGGGGCCACAGAAGCAGAUCUUUUACUGUGGUCGCCGCUUCCAGGAAGCACAACCUGUUUCUGUUUGGUCCUCACUCACUGACUCUGGAACUUCUCUCAUGCCCCAAGGCACCGGAGAGCAUAUAGAAGCUUGUUGUGUUGACAUAUAACUGACAAUGGGAAUGCUGGACACUUUCUAAAUCUCUUUUUAAAGAAUUUCUUUGCAAACAAAUUACUUGUUCAUGUGUAUGAGAACGAGAGGGGGGGGGAGAGAAAGAGAGAGAGAGAGAGAGAGAAUGUUAUGUGGACAUUACAAGAGUGUCCAAGGGGUCCAGAAGAGGAUGUUGGGUCCCCUGUAGCUGGUUGUAGGUAACUAUGAUUCUAGCUGCUUGCCAGGAAAUUAAUUUAGGCCCUCUGCAAGAGAAUUAUUUGGUCUUAAUCUCAGAACCAUUUUUCCAACCCCACCCAAAGUCCAUUGUUAAAAAAGUGAUUGGUGUCAGUUAAGGAUUUGUUUCUUUGUUUAAUUUUCAGCACACUUGCCUCAGAGUUACUCAGUGCUUCUGAAUAUGGGUGUUAUCAUAGUGUUUCAUCUUUACCCAUCCUUCCUUCCUUCCUUCCUUCCUUCCUUCUUUUACUUUUUUGAGCAAAUAAAGCUAACAAUAUUUUAAAAAUAUGAGUUGGUAUUGAUUUUAUAUUUAUUUUUACAUUUCCUUUGAUAUUACAGCUAAAGCUAUGUUAGCAUUAUUCUCAGUAACCUCACAGGUCGGGUAAACACCAGUGUAUCAUCCACUCUAGGAUGGGCUUAGGAAUCAAAGAACUACUACUAUGAAUAAUUCAUGUGUGUGUGUAUGUGUGUGUGUGUGGGUGCACUGUGUGUUUUGUACACGUGGAGGCCAGAGGUCGACCCCAGGUAUUCCUCAGGUGCUGUCUUAGUCAGGGUUUCUAUUCCUGCACAAACAUCAUGACCAAGAAGCAAGUUGGGGAGGAAAGGGUUUAUUCAGCUUACACUUCCAUACUGCUGUUCAUCACCAAGGAAGUCAGGACUGGAACUCAAGCAGGUCAGGAAGCAGGAGCUGAUGCAGAGGCCAUGUUUGGAUGUUCUUUACUGGCUUGCCUCACCUGGCUUGCUCAGCCUGCUCUCUUAUAGAACCAAGACUACCAGCCCUGAGAUGGUCCCACCCACAAGGGGCCCUUCCCCCUUGAUCACUAAUUGAGAAAAUGCCUUACAGUUGGAUCUCAUGGAGGCAUUUCCUCAACUGAAGCUCCUUUCUCUGUGAUAACCCCAGCUGUGUCAAGUUGACACAAAAAUAGCCAGUACAGGUGCUCUGCAUCUUCUUUCAUUAGAAAAAAAUUCAAGAUUUAUUUUUACUUUAAAAUUGUGUGUGUGUGUGGUAGGAACCCUCUGGUGCAAGGAAACUGUUGGAUCCUGUAGAGCUGGAGUUUUAGGAAGAACAGCUCUGUUUAGGUGCUGAGAAUGAACAGAGGUCUUCUGCAAGAGUACGUAGCAAGAGCUUUUAACUCUUGAACCAUCUCUCUAACUCCCACAGGAUCUCACUAGCUUGGAGCUCACCGAUUUGACAUGGCUGGCUGGACAGGGAGCCCUGAUCUGCCUGUCUCUACCUUCCUAGCACUACAAUUGCAAAGCCAUGCCUUCAAACCAGGGCUUUCAUAUGGAUGGAACUCAGGUUCUCAUGCUUGCUGCAAGUGCUUUACUGACUGAGCCAUCACAUUAGUGUGCCCAGAUAAGUGGUUAGAGUCAAGUGCCUUCUUCACUGCACAUGAUUAUUUAACCUUACGUUCCCAACUCGCUUCCCACUCAUUCUCAUAACCUCACUCUCACAUGUCCUCUUGCUAAGAGGGAACAAAGGAUGUUAUGUGCGGGCUGCAGUGAUCCCUUCCUGCUCAGUAAACCCUGCCUGUCUCCUCUUCUGUGAUGUCAGCUGUGUGUCUCGUCAUCCCAUUAUCUUGUGUGCCUAUUAAAUGCACCGUGUCCCUUUAUCUUAGACGCAGAACUGAGUAUCUGUAGUGAAUGAUACCACGGCUAAGUAGAUGGAUUAAAGAGAAAAAUUAAAUGACUCUGGGACUUUACAGGAUAAGAGUCAUUCCAGAUACAUCGUGAUCUCAGACAUCCUGGAGAUUAAAUAGGCUCACAGCUCCUGAGUAUUGUAUUAGUGAGUCUGUGUCAUCUGAAAUCUGUUUUCUUUACUGUUCUAACCUGUUGCUUACAUCCUACUUGAGUGAAAGAGUAAUUAGAGUUGCGAUCAGAACCUUGACUUAAUCUUGACUCAUCCCAAAUGUUGUAAUAGUUAAUGUCUUAUCAGCCAGGAGUAGCUCAGGGCUGCAACGAGAAAAUGAUACAUGUAUUAAUCCAAGAUUGCUGUAUUUGUGUUCAGUCCUUUGCUUGUCUUGUCUAGUCCCGUGUAGUUUACAGGUAGCACUGUCCAUGGCUCUGUAGUUGUUCAUGGUGCUGAUUCAUCCAGGUAUGCAGAUGCCUGACCUUGGGGUCACUUCUGAAAGUUGUCUGUCAGCCCCAUGUUGAAUUAAGUCAUGCUUUGAAGAUAGAGGGAAAUAUUCUUUAACAAAGCUCUUCUAUGAAGGCUCGCGAUGAAGUUCAGUUGGCAGCGUACUUGCCUGGCAUGUAAGAGGGCCCAGGCUCCAUACCUAGCACCACAUGAACUGGUGUGGUGGUGCAUGCCUGUGAUCUCAGCUCCCAGGAAGUAGAGGUGGAAGGAUCAGAAGUUCAAGGUCAUCCGCAGCUACAGUUUGGGUCCCUAAAACCUGCUGAAAUGAUGGGUGGGCAUGGCAUUUUGCUUUAAUUCUAGUCUUGGAAGUCAGAGAUAGGGAUUCCCCAGAGCUUGUUGACUAAUGAAACUGGCUGUAUUCAUGGACUCUGGGUUUUAUUGAAAGAUCUUACCUCAAAGAAUAAAGAGGAAGAUUGAUCAAGGAAGGUUUCUAAUAUUGAUAUCAGCUUUCCACGUGCACACACACACACAUAUAUGUGCACUCAUACACAUGUGUUCUUGCACAUAUAAACACAUACAUGAAAAGAAGAUAAAGAACAAAACGAGGCAGGGAGGUUUCAGUAGAAAAUCCUUUAGUUAACCAUUCAAUCAAGAAUUGUUCUCUGUUUGUCUACUGUGUGUUAAGAGUAUUAUUGGGUGUUGAGUCACACAGUAGUAGGCACUGGGUUCUGAGUUGCUCAUAUCAAAUGAUGCUAGGUUCUAAGAACUAUUCCACAGUGCUUUCCCAUACCUAGGUGGCAUUUCCCAACACUGUGUGAUAGUGGAGGGAACUGAGGAAGAGGGUUGAGUCGUAUGGCUAGUAGGGACCAUCUGAGCUUCUGUUCCAGGGCAUCUAGCUCUGUUGAUGAUCGUAAGCAUCGCAUCUCACUUCCUGCCCCCCCCCCCAUCUGCCCUGAUCUCCAGUAGAAAACAAAAAGAAAACUCCCUUUGCAGUUAUUUACAGAGGGUGGUCACAGGUUCAUCUCUGUUAGCAUUUGCAUUCUCUGUAUUAAUGAUGCUUGAAAGCAAACAUUCUUAAGAUAAGUGACUUUUCAUUUCUUAUCACCCAUGGCCCAGCCAAAAUAGAAAGGAAGGAAGAGGCGAAUACUCGGCUCACCUCCUGCAUCUGCGCUUAUCGUUUAGAAAUUCUGCCCUCUUAAUCUGAAGUAUCUUUGUAGGUAUUCUCGGAAUUUAACUGCAGUGUGUAAGCGGUGGGUGUGGGGAACAAUGAAGGAAUGCUUACUUUGGAAGUCAUUUAUAAAUAUUUGUAAAAUCCUUUGCUGGACACACAAGCCAGAUUCUGUCUUGAAAUCCUGUUCUCAUGUUCCCAGAUUGCCCCCAUAUCUGAAUGUGCCUAGUGACCAAGCCAAACACCCAGAACCAUGGAAAUAAAGGAUGCCAGAUGCAAAGCCCCAGAACCUUUGCUGGGUGAUGUUACAAUGACUUGGGUUCCUGGGAACGUUUAUUUUAUCACUCAGUUAUUGUCCACAAUCUGCCAUCCACUCAAAGGUUUCUUUGGCUUUAGUGCAAUUUUUCUACUUUCUGGGAUAUCACUGUUCUACUAGCACUUUCCCACCCAGACAGAUAACAGCAUUUGGUGACAGCCUUCGGUUUCAUUACCACCAAGAAGUCUCGAAGGUGUCCGGUUUCUCUGUGUAGGCUGAUCUCUGACUAUGACUUAUUUAGCCUGUUAUUUAUUGGCCCAUAAAUUCGGUUUGCCUCUGCAAAAUAACUCACUAAUUCUUCCAGCAUGAAAAGCUCCAAAGAUAUUUAUCAACACACUUGGAAAUAAUAUAGCUGGGAGGCUCCUGGUCUAUUGCAAGUCCAUUUAGUAGAGAGAUCACUGGCCAAUUGAUGUGUGACUAGAGUUCUAGUUUUCAAGGUUUCUGACUUGGGUAUUCAAAAAUGAAAGGAAUCAGAUUGUUAAAGAUGGUAUUAUCCCAGGUUUUUGUAGGAAUCUCAGAAAUGAACCUGGGGACACAUAACUUACUUGCUGACCAAAUAUGAGUACCUGAGUUUGAUCCCUGUAACCCACACUUUAAAAACCCAGACAUGCUGGCAAUUGCUUGUAAUCCCAGGACUAGGGAAGGAGAGAGAGCUGGUUCCUUGGGCUCACUGGCCACUUCAGCCUAUUUGGUGAGCUCUAGGUUAGUGAGGGACUUGUCUCAAAAAUAUGGGUCAUGCUUGAGAAAUGACUAUGGUUACUAUCUGUACUCUCUCUCUAUGAAUGCACACACAUGUUUACUUAUACACAUUUGAGCAUGCACACACAUGAACAUGUGUGUGUAAUACAAGGUUAAGAAUAUGAGAAAAAUCCCUAUCCACCAAAAGACAAGCAUUUCAGAUUUGGGAUGAAGCACCAAAGAGAAAAUGGAAUCAUUAAAUGAGCCAAGUUACGGUCUAAUUUAUGAAAUGAAAUGCAUUAAAACUUUCAACAAUUCAAUGAACUUUUACAUGAACUUGUUUGUGUAUUUCAGAACUAAUUGUGCAGUAUAUUUAUUAAGAACCACAGCAACAUUCUGAUUCUUUGAGCUAUUAAUUCUCAUAUUGGAAUUCUACUGUAGGAAAAUAUAUAACGUUGCUUCUCAUAACAUUUCUGUGUUUGUGUUGUGUGUGUGUGUGUUAAGACCAUACAUUCCUAUGCAGAGACUAGAGGUUGAUAUUGUGUGCCUCUUUUUUUCUCUUGAUACCUUGUUGUCUUGAGAUAGGGCCUGGAGUCUCUCAAUGGAUCUGGAGUUCAUCUGAUGGCCAGGCAAGUCUCUGGGAGUCUCUUAUCUCCUGGAGCAUGUCUAGCAUUCUAUGCUGGUUCUGGGAACUGACCACCCUCAUGUUUGUGCCACAAGUGCUUUACCCACUGAGCCAUCUUCCCAGUCCCAUAACAGUGUUAAAAAUAAUAUAAAAGUAAGAUGGCCUGAAGUAUAGCUAUAGCUAAGGGUGUGUGCUCACUACUUUCAGGAUGUUAUCAGAUGCGGAAAGGAGACAUCCCUGUCAUACAUUACCUUCAACAUAAAUAUGUACUGAUUGUGGUGUAUACCAGGUUCUGAGCCUUCAUUAGUGACAACAUCACUGCCUUGUACAACUGAGCCAUUGCAGCAGAGAGUCUUGGUGGGCGUUAGAGAUCAGUGAGAUUAGUGUACUGUUUUUGCAUCUGGAUCUUUACAUGGAGUGAGCAUGAUCAAAACUUGCCUUACAGGGCUAGAGAAAUGGCCCAGUAGGAGAGCACUUGGUGUGUAAGUGUGAAGACCUGAAUUUGAAUUCUUAGCACCCACCUAAAAAUCCAAGUGUGGUGGUGUCCAUAUCAGUGGCACCAGUGCUGAGUGGAGAACAAAGAUGGGAGAAUCAGUGGAGCUUGCUGGCUAUCAAAAAAAUAAGGCGGAGAAUGAUAAAUCAGGGCACUCAAUGUCCUUCUCUGGUUCUGUGCACUUUGGAAUAUACAUGUGCAAAAAAUUAAACAUAUAAAAUAAAAAUUGUCUUAUCCAGUGUUGUUGGGAGUGUGAACUAAUGUAUGACUUUGGAAAUCAGUAUGGAGGGUUCCCACAAAGCUGAACAUGGAAAUAGUAUGUGAUCUAUCUGGACCAUUCCCGUACAUAUACCCCAAAGACUCUACAGCCUACUUUGAAGACAUUGGAUCAUCUAUGUUUAUUGCUGGCCUUUUUGCAAUAGCAAGAAAAAUGGAAUCCAACCCUGUUACAAGAUAUUUUAUAACUCUGUGAUCCCUGAGAUUGUGUUAUUUACUGAAAAAAAGCUGUUUCUUGUUGUGGUGUGGCUCAGCCUUAGCCCACACCUUUAAUCCCUUUGGAUGGAAUGCAGAUAUACCCUUAGUAUAUACACCUUUAAACCCAAACAAUGAAGAGAAAAUUAAUUGAUUGAAAGACACACCCGUGUUUGAAAGUGAUGUCUAAUUAAGGGGCAAUCAGAGAAUGAUUUGAAAGAAUAGUAUAUGCCUAACUCUUGUGAGAAGAGAGGAAAAAGAGUCUACUUAAGAGAGAGCAGCACAGAGAGAAGAAAAAGAGGGAGGCAGUUUAACUGGGAUAGUAAUAUAGAGACAAGCUGCAGAAAGAGAACAGGCUAGACACAGGUGAAGACAGAAAGAAGCCAGAUGAUUAGAGCAGAUUGACAGAGACAGUUAGAGGUCAAGCAGAGAAUUCAGGAGAAGCCUAGGGAGAACAGAUUAAAUCAGUUAGCUUGGAAAGGAAAUUUGAGCCACAACAGCAGAGUUGACCAGCCAACUGGACAUCAGAAAGAGUUAGCAAGAGUGAGCUUAUUCAGCAGCAAGUCUCCAAGGCUGAAAACAUUCUAGGCCUAGAUUAGGUUGUAUGGAGGCUAGAAACCUCCAGGUCGAGCCCUAGGUUAGCAGACAGAGGCAGUAAGCCUCGGAGACAACACUUACUACAGGAGAAUAAAAGAUACUUUUACACAUCCUACCUAUUCAUUGACAGAUGAAGUGAUGAUGAGAAUGUGAGUCAUAUAUAUGAUGUAAGCCUAUUUACCUGUAAAGGAAAUGCAAUUAUAGGAUUUAUAGGAAAACAGAUAAAACUGGAAAAUUUUCCACUAAGUAAAGUUACCCAGUCUAAUGGAUGGACGGUGCAUGUCACUCUUGUAUUCGGAUCUUGGCCUCUGCUAACUUGUCUACAUAGGGGAAGUAAAUAUGAAUAAAGACCAGGAAGUUAGAGGGUCAUGAGACUGGGGCAGGUAGAGGGGAGAACCGCUUUGAUGGAACUUGGAAGCAGAAUAUUGGGGCCAAAGGGUACAAAAGCUAAGUGAAGAGUGAAUGGGAGAGAAUUAACCAAGGCCAUAUGUAUGAAGAUCCCAUUUGGAAACCAGGCAUUUGUAAGCUAAUUUAUAGCAAGAUAGUUUAGCAGGUAAAGACACCUGCCACCAAACUUAGCAUCCUGAGUUUGAUCCCCAGGUCCCACAGGGUUUUUGUCUGAUCUCUAGCUUUAUGCCCCUCCUCAGCCCAAAUAUGUAUGAUGCUAUAAAAAUAAGCCACACCACCCUCAAAACAGUAACCAAAAGCAAAACAAUUUGAAAUUCUUGGUGUUGCACUUCCCAAACCAUGGUAAUGUAAGAUUAUAAAAUAAGUCAACAGUGGUUAAAAAUGUCUUUUAAAACUGCCUGUCUUGAACAAGCUACUUGACAGUGUUUGGAGCCGAGUCAGUGUAGGAAGUGGGUAACUUUGGUGCUGACUUUGAGGAUUAUCAGCCAUAGGCAAGGAACAUUCCGGAAACCUGUAAGAAAGCAGGACUCUCAGAGUUCUCUGAUGUUCUGUUCAGGAAACUGAACAGACUCCAGUGUUUGGGUCUUGCAGGAUUCCUAUACCCAACAUUUGAAGUUCUGUGAGGUUUAUUUUCUUUGACCUAACUGUUUUAGAUAAUGACAUUUCUGCUUUUCACACUUGUUUUGUUUUGUUUUUCUAAUCUUGUGUGGUAGAAACAUCAUGAAUAAUUGAUGAGUAUUUUUAUUGUAUUUCAUGAAACUAUAAUGAUGGUAGGUUUAUUGUAGGAGACGAAUAAUGUGGUUUAUUAGUUGGGCUGUUCUUUUGUAAACUCAGUUGUCUCCUCUUCAAAGUUUAAUGAGCUUUCCUGUGAUGAAGGACUCGUUCUUUGUUUGGGGGGCUGGGGAGAUGCUUCAGUUGUUAAGAGUGCUUGCUGCUCUUACAGAGGAUCUGAAGUAGGUUGCCAUAACCCACAUGGGGCGCUCACAAUCACAUGCAACUCUAACUUCAAGGAAUCAUAUGCCCUCUUCUGGUCCCUGCGGGUAUCACACUUGUAUGCACAUACCCACACAUAAGUAAAAAUAAAAUAAAGCUUACAAUAGAAAAGAAGAAAAUUUGUGUUGGACUUUGCCUGUGGAUGUCUAAGCAAAAAUGAAGAAAUAUUGUCAUUCUAAAUUAAGUGAUUUGGAUAUUUAUCUUCCUUGACCAAUGUGUUUAAUGGCUUAGGUUUAUUAAAGACAAAUAUACCACUGGAGAGUGGGAGGUAGUGGCAAUCAAUGAAAGAUUACCUUGCAUUUCUACAAGCAUAUUACAUUCAAAUUGAUAUUAUUGGGUAGUUGAUCCUGACUUCAAGUUAACCUUAGAAAUCAUACACUAGGAGAAAGGGAAAAAAAUCUUCCCUUUUGAGGGUAUUUUCUAACUAUGAAAUAUUUUAAUUCUUGAUUGAAGUAACUCUAUGUGUGUGUGCAUUCACAUGCUUCUGUUCAUACAAGUAGAAGCUAGAGGUUGACAUCGAAUGUCUUCUUUGGUGAUUCUCCACCUCUGAUUUUCUAGAAGGUCUUUUAUCUAGAGCUUACCAGUUUGUCUAGACUGGGUCUCCCUGGACCCCAGGAUUUUGUGUCUCUGUUUUCUAGCAGUGUUGAUUUUUGUGAGUUCCAGGGGUGGAACUCAGGUCCUCAUGUUUGUAGACCAAACACCUUACCAACUAAAUAAUCUCUCUAGCAAUUCAUGUUGAAUAUUUUAAAUGAAUGUAUGACUAUACCUUUAAUAUUGUUUAGGGACUUUUCUCUUGACCCUGCUUUUUUCACAUAGCAUCUUGUCUUAGUUUUAUAUCCUGUUGUUGUGAUAAAAUACUCUAACAAAAACAAUUAGAAAUAUCUUGUUGUUUAGUUUUAGUUUAGUUCAUAGUGCUUUGACUUAAAAUGUUAUUGGUUUUAUGUAAUUUGCAUAUCAUUUUCUUUCUUUGGCUUUUGAGUUCAGUAGUCUCUCUCCUUUACUCUGAAUUUACAAAAACACAAUCUCAUACAUUCUCGCAAAACACUUUUAAUUUUUAGGGUUUGUAUUCCUUUUUUUUAUUUACUUAAUUGUAUUUUAUGUGCAUUGGUGUUUUGCCUACAUGUAUGUGUGUAAGCAAGUGACCACGGAGGUCAGAAGAGAGCAUCUGCCUCCCAAGAACUGGAGUUACUUAUGGUUUGAGCUAUCCUGUGGAUGCUCCUGUGGAUGCUCCUGUGGAUGCUCAUGUGGAUGCUCCUGUGGAUGCUCAUGUGGAUGCUCCUGUGGAUGCUCCUGUGGAUGCUCAUGUGGAUGCUCCUGUGGAUGCUCAUGUGGAUGCUCCUGUGGAUGCUCCUGUGGAUGCUCCUGUGGAUGCUCAUGUGGAUGCUCAUGUGGAUGCUCCUGUGGAUGCUCCUAUGGAUGCUCAUGUGGAUGCUCCUGUGGAUGCUCAUGUGGAUGCUCCUGUGGAUGCUCCUGUGGAUGCUCAUGUGGAUGCUCCUGUGGAUGCUCCUGUGGAUGCUCAUGUGGAUGCUCCUGUGGAUGCUCCUGUGGAUGCUCAUGUGGAUACUCCUGUGGAUGCUCCUGUGGAUGCUCAUGUGGAUGCUCAUGUGGAUGCUCAUGUGGAUGCUCAUGUGGAUGCUUAUGUGGAUGCUCAUGUGGAUGCUGAGAAUCAAACCGGGGUCCCAGCAAGAAGAGCAAGCAGCCAGUGCUCUAAUCACUCCACAGCCUAGAUUUAUUAUUUUUUGAAGACUUUUUUUGGACAUAUCUUUCAAAAAUUUGGAUUUAUACACUGUGUGAAAUGUCACCCUGGUGGAAUUAUUCUAUCUACAAAACAAAGGUCUUAAAAUAUUUUACUGAAUUACAGAAUUUUUUAAUUAAUGCAUAGUUUUCUUGAUCAUCUAAAAUGUUAAUUUUACCAAACUUUUGUUAAAAUCACCGUAAGCAAACUCACAAUUUUAGACUUUCUAUUUUGUCUUUGUUACAGUAACAACUACCUUAAUGUUUGGGUUCUUAUGUUUUAAAUAAUGUGUUAAUAUCCUGUAGCACAGCACUUCCUUAAGGGCCUUGGGAAUGAAUGUUUUUGCAUAUUCAUUCUUCCAUAUGAAAUUUGCAGUGAUUUCUUUUUUGCCUGCAACCCUCACUUGCCCAAACAAUCUUUUUGCACUUAGAUUUUAUUUUUGCAAUUUUUCCUUUCCUUUUUCCCUUUAGGGAUUUUUUUUUUCAUGUUUUCUGGGUGACCAUAGUCAUUUCCCGUGACUCUUCUGUCUCAUAGGCAUAAAUGAUGACUGCUCAUUUUCUGUGCAUAGGGUCCAAAAGUACCACCCACUACACACACACACACACACACACACACACACACAGUCAUUUCCCGUGACUCUUCUGUCUCAUAGGCAUAAAUGAUGACUGCUCAUUUUCUGUGCAUAGGGUCCAAAAGUACCACCCACUACACACACACACACACACACACACACACACACACACACACACACACACACAGAGAGAGAGAGAGAGAGAGAGAGAAAGAGAGAGAGAUAUAUUUAUAUUAAAAUGUUUUUAUUGUAUUUACAAUUCUGGUUUCUGACAGUGUGUGUUUCAUAAAUAAAACAUAUCUGUUAUUUCAGGAAGGAAGUUUUGGCUAUUCUAUGUCAUUGUUCUAUAUUCCGUUUGCCAUCAUUGCUUCUCUUGCAGAGGACUCCAGUCAGUGCCCAUUAUGCUGGCAGCGUAGAAUAUUCUUUCUGUAAUCAGAGUCCCUUUUCUCUGAUGAGUGUGUGUAUGUGUGUGUGCGCGCGUGCGCGUGUGCAUAUGCAUGUGAGUACUUGCACAUGCAUAGAAUGUGUAUGUAUGUUUGUACACAUGAAUGUAGUACCCACAGAGGCCAGAAGAGAGCUUUGGAGCCUCUGAAUCUGUAGUACUUGACAGUUGUGAGCUGCCCAACAUGGAUGUUGGGAACUGAACUUGGGUCCUAGAGCAUCGAGUGCUCUUCACUACUUACCCAUUUCUCCAACCCCAUAAACUGUUUUGGACUUGCUUACCUGGAAGCCACUUUCUCCAAAUACCAACUUCACAAACUCUAUAUAGGUGCCUAUCAGACAGCCCAAACCUUGUAUUUUAAAACAGUUCCCUUGAGUUCCCCAUCCCCCUCCUCUUUCCCUUCUUUAUAUGUGUAACGAUUUUUGAACUGUGAAUAGAAAACUCUGAGGUCACUCAGGGUUGUCUGGCUUAAUCUUCCAAUGGGCAGAUAUUAGGAGCUAAGAAUAUGGCUUAACCAUGUGUAUGGAUGAGAAUCUCUGUGGAAAACACAGAGACUGUUUUACUUUUUAUCAUGUAAGCUAGUCUUCUGUAGAGCUCAUUUGUAGGCAAUAUAUCUAUUCCAAGGGUACUCAAACUUUUGGCUUCCUGAGCUUCUUAGGUUUUAUUUUAUUUCUUUCUUCCUAUGAUAAAAUACUCUGAGAAUAGCAACCCAAGGGGGACAGGCUUUCUUCAAGAGUGAAGUCCAUCAUGGUGGUGAUAUCAUGGCCACAGGAGCUUGAAGUAACUGGUGCCAUCCCAUCCACAGUUAGGAACAGAGAAGGGCAGAUGCUGGUUGCUGCUUGGCUCCCUCCCCCCACUUUACAGGCCAGGGUCCCAGCUGGAGAAAGGUGACAAUCAAGGUUCUUCCACGUCAUAACUGUGAUCAAGUUAGUCCCCCAUAGCCACGCCUGGAGGCCUGUCUCCCAGGUAACUAUAUCCUGUCAAGUUGACAAUUAACUUAACCAUCAGUCUCCUCUGGAGUUUCUCUUUGAUGGCAUCCUAGACUCUGAACCAAUGCUCGUCUGACCUAGCAAAAGCUCAUUAUAAUAUGCCUUGCAAUUUUCUUUGUCAAAAUGCUUUGAAGCGUGUGCUCAUCCUUUUAGCAAUGUUGGGUAUUUGAUAGAGGCUUAUUCCUCUUCCUUCAGGUUUAAACAAACUCUAAAAAUAGUGUUUUCUACCCCUGAGCUGAGAGAGGUUCUGCAGAAAUGAAGAUGAUUCAUCUCUUGUGAAUGUGUACCUGUGUACACAUGCACUGGAAGCAAAGGUUAGCCUUAGGUGUCAUUCCUCAGCAACAAACCACCCUGAGUUUUGAGGCAGGAACUCUCAUUGACUUUUUACUUCUAGAUUUGGUUGGGCUGGCUGGCCAGGUAGCCCCAGGCUACCUCCCUGUCUCUUCCUCUCAAGGACUAGUAGUCUACGCAUGCACCACCACACCUGGGUCUUUGACAAAGUUUAUUGGGAUCAAACUCAGGUCUUGAUGCUUGUAUAGUCAGCACUCUACUUCCUCAGGCAUCUCUCCAGUGCCCUGGUGACUGUAAUGAAGAGGUUUGUGGAGGCCUGGCUUGUACACGUUUCACAACCCCUGGGCAGCAUUAACAUACCUGAUCCUACAGAGCAGCCAUUGAGAGGCCGCGUUAAAGAUCUUUUCAGCUGUUUGACAGUUUUGUGUUGGGGUUUCUGAACUCCACAAUCAUAAAAUUAAAUUUCUAUAUUUGUUUUAAUUUUUUCAUCAAAAAAUAAAAUCUUGGGCUAGCAAGCUACCUCAGUGUGUCAAGACGCUUGUCACCCAACCGUGACAGGUUGAGUUUGACCCCAGGAACCAUACAGUAGAAGGAGAGAACUGACUCUGUAAGCUGUCUUCUGAUCUCUUUAUGUACAGACAUACACAUGGACACACACAUACACACAUACAAUAAAGAUAGGCAAUCCUUAAAAAUUAAAAAAAAAUGAGAAACUUAUACUAUUAAACCUGUCUUUAAAUACUGUUUGUUUCAAAGACUCAACUUGAUCUUAAAGAAUCAGAAGCUUUUUAGCUCAGAAAAACUGCAAAACCUUGGAGUUGGAGGUAGAUCCCUGAAUGCUAGCAAAUAAAUCCAGUGACUUUGGGGGUACUGUUCUGCUCUACAGCUCCUCUAUAAUUUCUUAUUAAAACCUAAAUCCCUCCCUUUAUUCUAUAACUAUAGGUAUAUAAGAGAUAGAAGGGGCAUACUUCACAUAUUUUAUCUUUCAAAAGGGAAGCUUCCUCAAGAUUAAGGUCUAGGAAUGUUAAUAAUAUUUGCAGUUAUCCUCAAUAGGCCAAGAGCUGCAGUCACCAGAGUUAAUAGUCACAGUGUUUGGACUUAGACCAUAGAGGUGCUAAAAUCUGCCAAGACUGCAUGCUAAAGAGACUGAGAGAGAGAGAGAGAGAGAGAGAGAGAGAGAGAGAGAGAGAGAGAGAGAGAGUCAGAGAGAGAGAGUCAGAGAGAGAGUAAGAGAGAGAGAAAGAGAGAGAGAAAGAGAGAGUGCCAGGAAUGGGAGGUGUAUACCUGUUAUCCUGGGGCUACAGGAGAUUGAUGCUAGAGGAUUGCGUGUUGGUGCACCGUGGAUACAAAGCAAGACCUUGUCUCACACAACACCACCAAAACAAACAAACAGAAGACCAGAGGUCAUGGAACCCUUCAUUCUUCUAGCCAGAUGACAAGAUAAAUGAUGCAUGUCAUUUCUAAUUGGGUGCAGAAAUCCCUGGGCGUUCAGCAAUUAGUAGCAACAGCUAUGCCAUUUAUAAUGUGUGAUGUUCUUAAUGCCACAUGUGCUAUAUGCUACUGCAUUAAAGAGGUUCUGGAACAAAAUCUAGGUUUAAAAACAGAGCCCGGGGCUGGGGAGAUUGCACAGCGAUGAAUCAAGUAUAAAGACCCGAGUUCAGAGCCUCGGAACUCACAUGAAGCCAGAUGUGGUUGGUAUCUUACUCUUGAAAAUCUGACAUUCCCUCAGGGAGAUGAGAGGUAGAGGCAAGGGAUCCCUAGAAGUUUGAAAGCCAGCCAGCCUGGAAUACAGUGGAAAACAAGAGACUGUCUCAAGCAAAGUGGAAGGUGAAGAGCUGCAGCCAAGGUGGUCCUGACUUCCAUGUGUCUUGACUUGGCACAUGUGCAUGGCUGUAGUCAUGGGAACGUUCCUGUGCACACACAUCCACAAAGAAUUUUUUUCCAAGAAAACAAAGAGCAAAAAGAGACACAACAUGCUUGAAUGUGCAGAAACUUCAGUUUCCUGACAAUAUCAUGGUCACUGUGGACUGUCAGCAUACGGGGCUCAAAUCACAUUCUUAGCGCUGAUGGGCAGAUCCUGAAGGAACUUUCUGCUUCUGAUCAUUGAUUGACUUGAAAAUGUCUGCAGCCACAACCAAGGGGUGGGCAUUAGCCAUGGGUCAUUGAUUUAUAUUGGAAUGGUGGCAGUCUGUUAGUACUCGUCAAACCUUAUCCUUAAAGUGUUGUGGUGGGCUACAGAUGAUGUUGGCCUUGGGAGUACUCUGGGAAGCAUGCACAGAAAACUCUUCAAAAAAAAUUCUUUAAAGACCCACCGGGCAAUCUGCUUCUAUAAUCUCCCGGAGCUUGGAACAGGACCCAAAUUAGAUGCACAGCCAUCCCUGGGCAGUGUUUUGCAAUUCAAAUACACCAGUACUUUCCAUGACAGCCUCUCCAGGGGCUCCCCGGUGGUUGGGGUCUUCUGAGUGUUCACACAUAAAUGGGGAUCUUUGUUCUCUGGAGCAUGAAGCUGAGGGGAAUUUGUAUAGAAAGAGGGCUACACUAGCACACUUAAGAGCUGUGCUUUGGUGGUAAAUUCAAACUUCGAAGGAGAACAAAAAUGUCCCCAAUGAGUAGCUCUCCAAGGCGGCGCUUAGCCGAUGCAGUUAAGGUGGCAGUUUGGUGACGCCCUGUAGCUCCGCCAGUCUCUCUCCAUUAUUUAAGAGAGCCAUGGUCCAUUCAUUAUAUGUCAGCAGCGCUAUGUUGGGAGAGAAGCUCUGGAGUGGCUAGGAAGGUACAUGAGAGGCCCCUGUUUACCUUUGGCCAAGCCAGUUUCAGCCUAAACUCAUUCCUUUGGCCAGCGAAGAAUGUGCCUUGGCCACAUGGUUUCUCCUCUUCUUUAUUUUAAGAAUGGGUUCCAGGCUCUCUCCUUCCUGCUCCACUUCCGUUCUUAUGAUUCUCAGUCUCUCCUCUUCUCUGUGGCUGUGGGUGUUUGUGUACACACAGUGAGUGUGGAGGUUAGAUGACUCGGGAGUCUGUUCAUCCCAUCCUUUCCCUGCCUUUCAGGCUUUUAAAAGAGUCUUUACUGAGCCAUCCUGCUGGCUCCCAGGCAAUCUCUCUAUUCAUUAGUUUUAUGUUACUUCAGUUCUCUGAACAGUCACUUACAUUUGUAGCACUAAUAAGUCCAUAAAAACGUCGUCAGUUUGCACCCCGGAGACACUUUUGUUCAGAUGUUCAGACUUUCGUUUCCCCACCCCAGACCAGGUCUUCUGGAGCCCAGACUGGCCUCAGACUUAUCAGGCAGCCAAGAAUACGCCACACUUGUAAUCAAUCCUCUUGCCACUGUCUUGUAAGUGCCUGUAGGCAUGAACUACCAUACCUGAUUUGUGUGAGCUGGGAAUAGAGACCAGGACCUCAUGCAUCCUAGGCAGUCUCUCUAUCAACUGAGCUACAGCCCCAGCCCCAAGAUGCUCAGCUUCAGAUACAGCUGGUGAGCUGACUUUUCAUGAGGCCCUGUGAAGUAGCCAGUCUCUUUGGUUUACUCCCUGGCAAUGGAGUCUGAGCUGAGUCUUUGAGUAUAGCUCCAUGUCCAUGUAGUCAGCCCAUCCUUUGGUUGCCAGCUCCCAAUGUGGCCUAGGAGAGAUGCCACUUUCAGUGUUACUGUAUGGAUUAGUGUCUGGUUGCUGUGACCAAGUACCUAACAGAGUAUGUUAAGGGAGAAAGGGUUUAUUUGGGGGCUCAGUUUGAGGGUACAGUCCAUCAUGGUAGGGAAUCAUGACAGCUAGAUUUGAGGCAUCUGGUCACACUGCAUCGGCAGACAGGAAGAUGAGAGAAUUGGAUGCUGGGGUUCAUCUUGCUUUUUCACUUUAUGCUGUCUCCCCAACCUUUGUAAUGGUAGUGCCCUGACUUAGGGUGGGUCUUCCUACUUCAGUUAGCCUGAUUUUAGAAAUCCCCCCAGAUGUCCAGGCAAGUUUGUCUCCUAGUGGAUUCUAGAUCCUAUCAAGUUGACAGUAUUAACCGUUGCAGCCACUGUCUUUGGGGGCUCUGUUCCUGGACAUUCUCUCUCUCCCACACCACCCUAUAAGGUGAGUCUCCCUAGGUUCUGUAUCCUGAUAAAACCACACAAGACUGUUUAAUUUCAUCUGUCUCUGAACUAGACUUUGAGGAGUGGAUUUCUCAUUUCUUAGCUCCUACUGCCCAGUGCAGUAGACACUCAGUCCAUGUUGGCAGGAAUGAAUAGUGGGCACCGGGUCCUGACUAGGGUAAGCUGAAAUGAAUAGAGCGGGCACACCCACUCAUGUCCGAGAAGUGGGGUUGAGUGCAGGUGAUGUAAUAGCUCUUGACGGGGUAGUUAAAUAUUGACAGGCAGGAGGAAGCACAGCCAAGCUGGUCACACACAGGGAAGCAAGGGCUGACAGUGCCUGUCAGAUCACAGGGCUGAGGCUGAAAGUCGUUCGGGUGGCUGUGAUUCGGGUGACCCAACUGAGGCAGCUCGCUGGAUCUGUCUGUUGCUUCUGUAGAGGAAUACAUGGACUCUAACAAAUGCAUCGAGCACCUGCUGGCACAACUCAGGGAGCAACACAGAAGUCUCUGGCGGGAGAAGCUGGCUGUGGCCAGGCUGCAGAGAGAAGUUGCCCAAAGGACAAGCCAAGGGGCCAUGCACGAGAAGCUGAUACAUGAGUUGGAAGAGGAACGGCACUUGCGGCUACAGAGUGAGGAGCGGCUGCGGGAGGUGACCCUGGAGUCAGAGCGCAACAGGAUCCAGAUGCUCGGCCUGCAGCAGCAGUUUUCCAGAAUGGAAGAAACUGUCCGAAGUCUGUUGCAGAGCCAAGGAUCUCCAGAGCAGAAAAAGGAAGAACCUGCCAAGAUCACAGCCUACCAGGAAGGACUACCUGAUGAAGAGAGAAAAGAGCAAGCAGCACUGGGUGAUCUCCAUGUGGUGGCAGCUGAUGAGGACUCAAGAAGCGAGCACAGUAGUGUGGAGGAGGGAAAGGAAGACAGCAGACUGCUCCUGAAGAGACUGAAGGCCCUGGAGGCGGAGAAUUCAGCACUGGCACUGGAAAACGAGAAUCAGAGAGAACAGUAUGAGCGAUGUCUUGAUGAGGUAGCCAACCAAGUUGUUCGAGCUCUACUCACUCAAAAGGAUCUGAGGGAGGAGUGUGUAAAGUUGAAAACAAGAGUGUUUGACUUGGAGCAACAGAACCGAGCACUCAGCCUCCUGUUCCAACAGCGAGUCAGACCAGCUUCUGAUGUGCUUCUCCAGGAACACCUCCAGAAUGCAAAAUCAGGAACCCCUGCCUUGAAACACUCUGGCUCAGGGGUUGUCAUCCCUGAUCACCUCUGUCCUCGCAACAGCUGCAGCAGUGGCAGUGAGCUAUCGCUGUCAAGCACCUGCAGCGAGUACUCCAGUGGCUCCUCCUACACGUGGCAAGACAGGAAGCUCAUUGGGAAAAGGCAAUCAUCGCGGAUCUGGGAUAAAAGACUAAGUAUUGAUUCUUCGCUCCCAAGUGGCUUCGCCAGCCCUGCAGAUGAACUACCUCCGACCCGUAUCAAAGAAAGCCACAUUCUAGAGGGACUGAGGAAGCUACAGAAGCGGAAAGUGUUCCUUGAAUCACCAUCAUUGGUGAUAAGCAAAUGGGGUUAUAAAGAUUGCAUGAACUCGAAUGAAGGGAUCUAUUCGCCAGGAAUUAAAACCAGCAGCCUCAAGGAGUGUCCGCCCUGCCAACCGUCUGGCAUGGGGAUCCCCUGCCAGAAUCUCCAUCAGACAUUCAUCUAUGAUGCAAAUUCUCAUGAGGAUGCACAUGAAGAACUCCCAUCCUCAGCCUUGCCACUAACAUCUCCGAGCCAGGGCUACAGAAUACAGGGCAGUAAAUUGACACACAGUGUUUCAGACAGUCUGUUUAACUGGGAGCCACAUAGGAAGUACUUUGCAGAAGGUACAGCCUCAGUAUAUACCAGAGAAAUGCCUGAAAGGCUAGCUCGUUGUGCUAGCCACUGCCCCUUGGAGAGGAAGCUAUGUCCCAGUAUACACCUGCCCUGGGUGCAAAGAGACAGGGACCCACACAGCCAAGUUCAUGGCCAUGUGCCUCUGAACCUGCAGCUCUCAGAUACCGAUGACAAUGAGACCCUAAACGAGCUACACAUAGAGAGCAGUGAUGAGAGAAGCCCUUCAGACCUGUCCUUGACUGGGGACACCGACAAGUCCAUGGAGAACCUAGAGGUGGGAUUCAGAAAGUCUGAAGGUGGCUCUCGGGACAUGGGAGAAGAAGCAUGUCCCACCCACUUAGAGACUAGCCCGAAGGCAUUCAGUUUCAUCAAGCAACAAAGGGUUGUCAAGAGGACCUCUUCGGAAGAAUGUGUCACGGUCAUAUUUGAUGCAGAAAAUGGAGAGCCAGUGGAAUUCAGCUCUCACCAGGCUGGAGUCGUCACUGUCACCAGGGAUGAAAUUUCCAUCAGCUCAGCCCUUGCUGGGCCCUCAGAGGAACUCACUGAACUUUCACCUCAGGAAAUUACUCACUUCCAGGCAGGAGCUACUGCAAGAGACUGUCCUUUUCUGAAGAGACCUGAAGAGGAGACUGCGAAAAACAUUCCAAAAGAUGAAAAUCAUAUUCUCACAGCUCCGAAUGACUUCUUCAGCUCCCAGACUAUAAUAACUCAGAAUUCCCCAAGACCAAAGCUCGCCAAACCCACACAGGGGGUAGCCUGGCAGAGUAAUUCUAGACCUGUUGGAAACAUGGGUGUCUACACAAAGCAAGGUCUGACAAAAAUCCCUUCCAGAGGCAAGUCUUCACCUCAGAAAUCCAAACUUGUGGAGUCUAUGCCCACCAUGCUGGUCCCCUCCAGUGCCCUAGUGACUCCUGAAAAGACACCAGCAUCCCCUAUGGGGAAACUCUCACAAUGUAGAAAGGCAGAGAGCCCUGGUUCUCUCUGUGAUGUACAGCCAGAAUCACACAUUCCAAAACACCCUGCCCAGGUUCCUCAUAUCCCCAAAAUUUCCAAUAAGAAGAACUGGGUUCAGUGCCCCAGGAGUCAGACUUCAGGGAUCCAGUCACGGCAUCUCAUGGGGAGAAGUGACAGUAGUGAAAUGAGGUCCAAUGGCUGUGUCUCUGCGCCACAGACAAGAAUGAGGUCUCCCUCCCCUCCAACCCCUCCAGGGAGAUCAGUGUCACUCCUGGUUAGACCCAGUUAUGAUUACCCACCACUACCAUCACCUGCCAAACCUGAAACUCAGGGCCCUGGAGACGCUGUAAGUCCAGGGUUGAAAUCCCCGCUGUUGAAAGGAUCCUCUGCUCCUCUUGUCUCUUCCAGUCCAGUGAUGUCAGAAAUACAGAAGAAACCAUCUGUGGCCUCCAGAAAGUCUGCCUUCCCUCCAGCUCUUCCCUCAACCCAAGCGGUAGUGCACACCAGAUACCCUGAACACAUAGCCUCCAGUCCAUUUGCUGUGACGACUUCAGGGCCCCCAAAAGUCUCUCCAAAAAGAGGCAUCCCUAAACCUCCCCCUCACCAUGCACUAGGAACUGCCCACAUGGACACAGACUUACAGACACCCAAGACUUGUCCUUCAAGCUGUGAACUGCUAGAGGUGACAUCUUGUAAAAGCCUGUCUCCAGGGAGAAAAAGACAGUUGAGUGACAGCACUGUGAUGCCCCACAGGCCUUCCUUCUCAGGAGUGAAUGAGUCCUUGACACCUCAGGUUAACAGUCCAUCCUCCUCUUCCUCAUCCUGUAGAAACCAAGGGUCCUCACAAGGUGGCCAGAACUCUCCCGAGAAAGGACCUAAAACUCGCCUCCCAGUAGGACUCAAAGUUCUCAUGAAGUCUCCUCAGUUGCUCAAGAAAACUUCCUUGGUACCAGGGAAACAAGAAAAGGAUAGUUUAAAUGAAGCAUCUCGAAGCUGUGUAGCAGCAAACACGUCUAAUCCUGAGGACUCCAAAGACCCUGCAAGUCUGGAGACCUCAAGAGAUGAGAGAACCACAGCCUUACUAGGUGUGAGAGGUCCCGACAGUCUAGCUAGAGGACUUGCCUUAGACUCAACAAUGCCAGAAUCGUUAGAAUGUAGCAUCUCCAGAGAUGAUGGAAGAGAUGGGGCAGACAGCAGAGCCAUAAAAAGAUCCUUCUCCUCCAGCAAGCCACACCUAAAGCCUGCUCUAGGCAUGAAUGGAGCCAAAGCUCGGAGUCAGAGCUUCAGCAUCCACUUGGGAGAGAAGCCUUCCACACCCCCAACAGAAGGGCCAGGCAAGAUUCGAACUCAGAUUAUCACCAACACGGCUGAAAGAGGCAACUCCCUCACCAGACAGAAUAUCUCAAUGGAAGGGUCCCCAAGCAAGACCCCCUCUGUCUCAACAUCUGAUAAUCUGCCCAAUGCUGGAAGGCCCCUGGGAAACCCCUUUUCCAGGCAGAGUUCUCUCUGUAGCACCGGAAGUUCUAGCAGCCAGCACGGAAGCCCAAGCAAGUUACCCUUGAGGAUGCUCACAAGGCCGGAAGGACUCCUCACUCCUGGAGUGGAAGACCAACGGCUCUCUACUCAGGAAGAGUGUCCUGAAAGAGGUGUACAUGAGCAAUCUAGCAGUGACCACCAUAGGCAUCCAUCUCCUCUUUCAGACUGCCCUCAGUUCCUGCACGUUCCAGGGAGGAUGCAGCGCCCAAGCAAUUUGGAAACAAGUGGGAUAUCUAAGCUAGAAACUUCUGGAAGGCAUCCAGAUGCUUCUUCAACUGGGACUAGUGUCGUGAGCCCAGAAGCCCCCCUCUCACCCUCCAUCGAAGAAAAGGUCAUGUUGUGCAUUCAGGAGAAUGUGGAAAAGGGCCAAGUGCAGACAAAGUCUGCCUCUGUGGAAGUGAAGCCCAGGGCAGGGCCUUCGUUCACCAGCUGGUUUGGUUUUCGAAAGAGCAGGCUUCCAGCUCUCAGUAGCAGGAGAAUGGAAGCUUCCAAGAGUAAAGUGGAAAAGAAAGACACAAAACUGAAAUCUGAGAGGAAAAAAGAAAAGAAGAAAGCUGAAGUACAAUCAAAGAUAGAAAACGAACUGAGUAGGGGGACCAAGAAGGCAGAUGGUCAGAGUCCAGACGAUGGUCUGCAAAGCUCAGAGAGUCUGAAAGUAUCCCAAGACAUUUAUAACCAAAUGAAGUUGGAGCCAAGGAAUAGACCCAGCCCUGCUGUGUGCCCAACAAAAGAUGCCUUCAUGACAGAACUUCUAAACAGAGUUGAUAAGAGAGCCUCGGUACAGAGAGAGAGUGGAUCAAAGGGUGUUUCCUGCAGGAGCGUGUUAGAGGGCACCUCCCAGGGCUCCUGUUUCGCCAGCGGCUCUGUGAGCACUCAAGGAAGUCAAAAGAAAAACAUCAAAACCAAAGUCGAUAUGGAAAAACCAAGAGAAUCCUUGGGGGCCGAGGUCAAUGAAGAUGUACAAGAAGAUGAAGAAGAUAGAGUUGCUGACACUACUCUCCAGAGCCACAUGAUAGAAUCCAACUGCCAGAUGAGAACACUGGACAGCGGGAUUGGAACCUUUCCCCUCCCAGACUCAGGAAACCGCUCAGUGGGACGAUACAUAUGCCAGCAGGACUCUCCAGAGGACACUGAUGCCCUCCUGCCUCUCCAGCCAGCCGCUUCCAUGGCAUCCUCUGCCAGAGCCCAAACCCUUGACCGCGAAGUGCCUUCCUCCACAGACAGCCAGAGCUCCCCGGAGUCCAUGAUCAUCCAUUCCAUAUCUGACCCCAGCAUGAUGGCCAGAGAGAUGAGAGCCUCACAGAGUCACCUUCCCAAGCCUACCUCCUCAGGAAAACCUAGUUUUGAAAAGCAAAAUGGAGCAGAGUCAAAGGCUCACACUGGCCCAUCAUUCGAAUAUGCUGAGGAUGCAGUGGCAAGUGAGCCCCUUUCAGGAUGGAGGGGUGAAGAUGCUACUACUGAGACCCAGAACAGGUGCCCUGAGGAAGCAGAAAUCCUUCACAGACUUGAAAGUGACUCGAGGACAGUUAAUCGUCACCGUGCUCUAGUGAGGCAGGAACCGAAACAAGUUGAAGAAACAAAAGAAGAUCCUGAGAAUAGAUUAUCUGAAAUUUCCCUGGAGUCAUUCAAUAAAUUUAGCAGCAAUACUGUGAUUUUAUUAGGAAAAGAGAAGUCUCCAAGUGAGGUUGAAGGACAAAAGGAAGAGAAAGGCAAAAAGACAGAAGUGUCUUCGAGUAGCUCCGAACGGCCUGGGGUGGACCGCGUGGAGUCUCUGAGUGACUCUCUGUAUGACAGUUUCUCCUCUUGUGCAAGUCAAGCAUCCAACGAGGCCUAGAGGAGCAUCCUUCAGUGAGACUCCUGCAUGCAUGGUGCACUAGGCAAACAGACUCCAGAGAAGCUGAUAGCCAGUAUACCAGAGUUUACUUCUCUCGUGGACUGAUAGAGAUCGCCUCGACUUACUGUGUUUUGAGAGGAUUAAAAAGCAAAAUAUGAUGGAGAAUUCUCAAUGUUUGCACUUUUUUGAGUAUUUGUAUAAAAGCUGUACAUUUUUUUGGGGGGGGAGAGAAAUUAUAUUUGUAGGGGGAGAAAGAUAGCAAUAAAAAGAGUUGGCGCCAUGCUCUUGAAACGAUGCAUUAAGUUCUAGAAGUUGAUAAUAUAUUUUUUAAAAACCCCAGCUGAAGAUUUUGUGAACAUAAUCAUCUUGGUCCUCAACUCAUUUGUGCAUAUACUGUCAAUGGAAGCGUGGGGCAGGCAGGAAAGCCAGAGGGGUGGAGGUCACCUGUUCUGAAGGUCUCUCUCGAUUGGGUGGUCCACUUGCCACAUUGUCUCGAGGAAGAUGUGAUGAUAUGGGUGUUCUGUUGAAGAAUUAGAGUGUGAGCACUGAUUAGAUGGCACCAGAUGAUGCGGAAGGGAGCAGAUCUUAGCAGGCUUCACUCCCAACCUCUUCUAUCCUCUCCAUUGUAUUUCUCACAAUUCUGAGUGUUUGCUGUUUUCUUUUUAAAUUUCCCUGCUUUUAUAUUAUUAUUAAAACCUGGGUACUCUUUGCCAUAUCUUAAAAAUAAAUGAAUGGUUGGUGCUAUGAAACUUUCUUACUUUUUAAUAUCCUUUUUUUCUAUUAAAGACUGUUUAUAUGGGAGGAUAAAUUCUAUUUUAAAGGUUAUGUGUAUUUUUUCUAGACGUGAACUAUUUAUAAUUCCUUCUGUACAGAAGCCUACAGACCAGGCAGACUAGAGCUAUGUUUAGGAUUUGUGUGGUUACCUUAGAACACUUGUAUCUUUAUAGAGUAUUGUAUGACCAGUGUUAUUGUAUUUGUGCAAUUUGUUGUAUUUGGAUUUCAUUACCUUAAAUUCAAGCUGCGUGUAAAGUAUCCUCCUUGUCUUUAGAAAAAAUUCUUUUGUUUCAUUUCAUUUUGGAAUAAAGGUCUUAUCACAAUUACACCC